AUGGCUCGGCCGACUGUUGUCGUCGCCUCGUCGUUCUACCACAACCCAGUCAGCGAGUCGGCUGACGGCGCCAGCCGCAAGCAGCGCAAGGCCCGGCAUCCGCCGCCGAACACCUCGCCGGCGCGCAAGUAUGCUGCACAGGCACGGAGAGCCAUCUUUAUGUCGCCUCCGAACGAUGCGGUCGGCGAUGGGCGCGGAUCACUCUCGGGCUCGGCCACAGACACUGGCACCGGGACCGGGACCGCCUCGGGCACGCCCGGUUACGGUCCAGGCCUGUCCGCUUCAGCCCGUCGGCCCAUUCCAGCCCGACCGCCACUCGCCUCGCCGUUUCCCGCUGUUGGGUCGGCGUCGGCGUCGGCGUCGGGUUUUCUCUCACCGCCGCGCUCUGCGCGGGCCUCGCCGGCGCCGCUCUCGCCGAUCUCGCCACUCGCAUUUACCCCACCGGCAACGCCGGCGCCGUCGCCACAGCAGGCGCCGCACUUGGCGCGGGCCUCGCCGCAGCACAAGAAGCAAGUGGGGAGUGCGCGCGGGCCGCAACUGCUCUCGUCGCGCGGACCGAAGCGGAGCUCGCCGCCCAAGCGGUUCAACUCGCGCGAUGUGCGCGCCAACUACCUGACAAAGCUCGGCAUCGACGUGGCGGUGGACAAGAGUAGCAAGACGUCCACGCUCCAGACGGCGUUCAAUGUUCUCAACGUGUACGUGGGUCUCGGCCUGCUCUCGAACGCAUACGUGCUCCGGCGCGGCGGUGUUGUCUCUGUCGCGCUCAUGGCGCUCAUCUGUAUCGUGUGCAACUACACCGGCAAGAUCAUUGUCCGUUGCUUCAUGCACGCCGACUGGCGUGGCGAUGCCGCUGGCGAUGCCUCGUAUCCGAACCUCGGCGCGGCGGUCAUGGGGCGCUUUGGCAAGGUGCUUGUCGAGGUCAUCAUCUCGCUCGAGUUCUCGGGCGCCGCGUGCAUGUGCCUCAUCAUCAUUUGGCAGUCGGUUCAUGCCCUCCUCCCGCACGUCUCGAUCUGGUACGUGGUUGCGGGCUCGGUCGGCCUCCUUGCGCCAAUUGUGUGCAUUCGGUCGUUUGCCAAGCUCUCGUUCAUCAACCUCAUUGGCAUGCUAUGCUCGGCUCUGGUGACGGCGGUGGUGACUGGGUGGUUUGUGCAGGGGCUGGCGACCGACGAGCUGGCGACGGGCGAGACCAAGGUUGUCGAGUUUGGUUCGUUUCCGCUCAUCACGGGCAUGCUCCUAGUCUCGCAGUCUGGCCACGCCGCGCUCCCGUCGAUCCGCAAGAACAUGCUUAAUCCCAAGGCGUACGAACGCAUGCUCGACGCCACCUUUGUGGUCAUGUUUCUCAUCUACGCCGCUAUGGGCGUGCUUGGCUACCUGCGGUUUGGCGACGGUGCGGACGUGCUCAUCACCACCAACCUCAUCACCGUCGACACAGCGUCGACGGUGGCGCAAAUCAUCGGCAAGUUCUGCGUCGGCUUUGUGGCGCUCAACUCGCUCACCACCGUCCCGACCAUCCUCACCGUUCUCGCCGAGGUGCCCGAGGACUACUUGCUGCGCUUCCUCAAAAGGCGUGCCGCCGCGCGCCGCCGCGCACACCUCCCGCGGGUUGUCGCUCCGACGAGCCCCGUCCACAUCCAAGGCGGCGGCGGCGGCGCGCCGCCGCGGCACAUGCUUGCGCUCGACGCCAUCGGCUCGCUGGCGGCUCCAGCAAUCACCACGUCGUCGUGGCACUUUGUGGUCCUUGCCACCGCCGUCCGCAUUCUGGUCUUUGCCGGCCUCGUCGUCCUCGCCCUCAACGCCUACUACGUCCUCGACUACCUCGAGUCGCUCCUCGGCGGCAUCUGCUCCAUUCUCACCUCGAUUGUCUUUCCAGCUGCCUUUCACCUCGCACUCUUCUACAACAAGCUCACCCCCGCGAUCCGCCUCCUCGACGCGGCCAUCGCCAUCCUCGGCACCGCCGCCCUCGUCUACAUCACCAUCUCCGACUCGUUGUCGCUCAAGUCGCAGCUGGCCUCGCUCAACGGCGAGGUCUCGCUCAUGUGAACCCACCACCGC